GUAUCAACUCCACCCGCAGUCGCAGUACGUCGCAGUCAGUCGCAGUGGUAACACGAGCGAGAGGGUAGUUGCACGCGCCUGCCUUCGAAAGGAAAGAUCUCGCGGUGAGGGAGAGGUAAAGAGAGAAAGAAGGAACCGAAAGAGAGAGCGCGGCUCCCCUUGCCUCCGUUUUCAGUGCUUCAGUCGCGCGACGACGCUCUCGGACGCUUUAGUCAGUCGGUCGGUGACGAAGCUUCCCAAACGUGAUCACGCGCCGUUACGUUACGUUACGUUACGUUACGUUAACGUCGUCCCAUCGAAGGGAAGAACGAGAGCGAACGAGAGGAAAGAGGACGAACGAACGAAUUAUAAACACGUAUAUCGGUUUAAAGAGACACGUGAAAAUAUAUAAACAGAAAUCACACGAGCAUAGCGAGCGCCGACAUUGAAGAUUGUAGGUCGCGCUCUAUAAACUUCUACGAACAGUUUAGACCACAGUGCAAGAUAUUCGAGGAAAGCCGUUUUCGUCGGCUGGGCUUUAAACGCGGUGAAAGAAAGCGCGCGAGUGAGAGAGCGAUCGACGAAAGAAGGACGCGGCGAUCGUGGACGAGACGCGAGAUUACGAGUAGCCCACACGUUUCCAGUGUGCGAACCACACUCACGCCGUGCGUUCGUAUACACGAGAAAGGAACGAAGAAGACAGAGCGAUCACCGGCGGAGUCAACGAUUUUAUUUUUGUACGGUGCAUCGUCGUUUAUUCCUAAAUACAUUUUCCUCGUGACCGGCACGGUUCUCAGUGUGAACGACACUCUAGUCCCUCGUCCGAAAUAAUCGAGUGUGUGGUGUGUACACGCGUGUGUUUCGUUGUUUUCCGAUCGUUUCGAUACGGACUCUAUCCACGUGGACGUCUCUGAACAAUUUCACCGUCUCGGCCGAAUAUUCAGCGACCAGCGUAAAAUCGUACAGCAGAAAAACGACAGGUUGUGAGGACGGGUCAGGAGGGUACUUACGAGAGGAGGAAUAGUGAGAAACUCUGUGAUUUACACCCAGUACGAUACACACACACGUGCAUAUACCGAUUGACUUUGUCAGUGCGAUAAAACGCGAAAUUUAGUCGAUCCAAGAUGCCGACGAGUUUAUUCAGCGAAAUGGACCGCGGAGCGAAUGGCGGUGCGGCCGCUUCCCUCGAGGACCAGCGAGCCUUGCAAUUGGCAUUAGAAUUAUCUAUGCUUGGUCUCGAGGGUACUCCUGUGUGUCCAGGGACCGGCACAGGUACCGGAACUGGGACUGCCAACGAUCCAGAUCCAAUGCAAACGACACCAGCAGGCGUUUUCGAGGAAGCGCGUUCUAAGAAGAGCCAGAACAUGACCGAGUGCGUGCCGGUGCCUAGCAGCGAGCACGUGGCAGAGAUCGUCGGCCGACAAGGUUGCAAAAUCAAGGCUCUGCGAGCAAAGACCAACACUUACAUCAAGACGCCGGUGCGCGGCGAGGAGCCUGUGUUCGUGGUAACAGGCCGCAAGGAGGACGUGGCCCGCGCGAAACGCGAGAUCCUCUCAGCCGCUGAGCACUUCUCUCAGAUCCGCGCGUCGCGCAAGAGCUCGCUGGGGGCGCUGCUGGGCGCGCCUCCGGGUCCCCCAGCUUCCGUUCCGGGUCACGUGACGAUUCAGGUACGAGUCCCGUACAGAGUGGUCGGUCUGGUCGUAGGUCCCAAAGGGGCCACCAUCAAGAGAAUCCAGCAUCAGACGCACACCUACAUAGUGACGCCCAGUCGGGACAAGGAGCCCGUGUUCGAGGUUACGGGCCUGCCGGAGAGCGUGGAGGCGGCAAGACGCGAGAUCGAGGCCCACAUCGCUCUGAGAACCGGCACAGGGCCCAGCGCGGACGAGUCCGAGUUGCUCAGCGCGUUGUACCGCGGUGGAUUGAGCUCGAUCCUUGGUUGCAUCGAUCCGCCAUUCUCGAACGGCUCGAACGGCUCGAACGGAUCGAGCGGAGCGUUCUCCAGCAGCGGAAGUUGCAGCAGCUCGUCGAGCAGUUCCGGAGCGGCCGGUCUGAACGAGAUCGUGGCGAUCUGGGGCGCCGGAAUGGAAAGGGACGAGGGUCUUGGCGAAUCGCCGUCGUUCGAGUCGCAGGCAGCGUCGGCGUCCUCGAUCUGGUCGUUCCCCGGCGUCGCGCUUCCCUCGAGGCCAUCGCCACCGGCGUCAACGAGUCCAGCGUCACCCACGGACUCCCUGUUGGGCGGAGGACGACGGGAAUGCGUUGUGUGCGGCGACAAGGAGGUCACCGCCGCCCUGGUACCGUGCGGACACAAUCACUUCUGCCUGGACUGCGGCAACCGAGUCUGCGAGAGCUCCGAUCCCAGCUGCCCGGUCUGCUCCACGCCCGUAUUGCAGGCGCUUCGUAUCUUCUCUUAAACACCCAACACCCGUUACGGAGAGACGAGAGAUCCUGCAGAGGCUCCCUUGCGCCGUGGCGCCUGGUGCACAGCGGCUAUAUAAUACCGAUCGUCGCCAUCGAGAUCAGCUCUUCAACGUCGCCGGCUCAUCCAGGAACGACGGCGCCGGAGAUAAAGAAAACGCCCAUCCCGAAUUUUUCCGUAUACAGCUCGCGUCCCCCGGCGCGUUUUGGCGCGCGUAAUUCCACGGCGACGUCGGGGGAGCGAACGCGCACAAUGUCUCAAUUCCACUGCUGCCAAUAACCUCUUCUUACGCGCCGGGAAUGCCCCGAUAUUAUACGGUCCUUGUCGCGUCGUUCCCGCCGACCGGAUACAACGAAGUCAGCUUUUAGGUUCUACGAGAUAUAUAGAACGAGAGAGAGAGAGAAACAUAGCUCGCUCAUUCAUUGUCAUCGUUUUCAUAUUUUAUCCCUCGAAUACGUAGAGACCGGGCUCGCAGGGUUCAACCAUCGUCCGAAAUGGUGUGUCGGAGCUCGUCGCGUGACGGACCGCUAACCGACCGAUCAUGGUACCACGGGAGAAGGACUACGUUUUACUUGGCCGUUCAUGGUUGCCUUCGAGACCGCCCCGUGGAAAAUGUUCGACCAGAGGCGACUGUUCGUCGAAGGAUUGGAUCAAGUUUGGGGCUAUAUCGAUCGCGAUAUGACGUUUCGUAACAUUCCAUUCGUUGGUUGCAUUCGCGAUAUAUUUUCGUAUUUUAUGCUGACAAAUUCCUUUCUCGUCGAAGGCAGCCCGAUUAGUGAAACGGACGAAUUUAUCGAAUUUUUCACGACGAACUUGUUUAGCCAACGCUCUCGUUCCUUGUAUUUGUUUCAUUUAUAUACUAUUGACAAUCCGUAAGAUUUUAAGCUAUCGUAAUGUUUUCAGUAUCUUUGAAUUCUGUCCUUCUCGCCGCGCCGUAUCGACGUCGUGCUGCAAUCGAUAGUCGUAAUUUUCGAUUACGCCCAGUACUCCAUGCAACAUUAUGAAAUACUAUAUCAAAGGUGCUUAGAAACACUGAUAAAUGAAAUUUCUACGAGCUCUAUAUUUUUAUUUAGAAAGAAAAAAAAAAAACGUACCAAUCAUCGUAACGUCCCAUUUAUCGCGCUGAACGAUUAAUGAAAAUUACGAUUUUUACGAUGAGCGCACGAUAGAGACGAGUCGAUUCGCUCUCUCGAUCGCUAGGCUCUCGCGCGGUUCCCGCGACCACGUGACCGUUGACGGAAAGAUGACGACGUGUGAACAGCUGAUCCGCAUCGAGUGACGCCGAGAAGAUUCGAAAGACGAGGGAAAACCGGCGACUAUUCUCAACAUUCGCGAGAAAAUAAGACCCUGAGGAUCGGCAGUAAGAUCGCUCGAUACAUUUUUCCUAUUUACAGUCUUCGCGGCUGAACUCGUUUCUAGGUUAGGUCACGUGAUCGUGGAACGCGUUCGGUGAUAAUCAAUCAAACAAUUUCGAACCUGGAAAGCAGUACAGGUGACGAAAGCGAAACGGAGGAAUGUCGAGUGUGCAUCCGUCGACGUAGCCUCGGUUACAUCUCCGCCAAUGUCAGAGCGAAACGAGAUAAUUUUUUGCGUUGAUCGUCUUGGACCAGCGUCGGAAGGUCUGCGAUUCUCUGGUUACUUUUUUACCUCGCAUGGAAAAUGAGAAUAUCCCACGUGGGAAGCGACACCGUCGACGGAUGCAACGGAUAUCAAGGACUUCCGAGACCUGCGAGCUUGUCGCGCAUAACCGCAGCGAACGAUUACCGAAAUAAUUAAUUAUACCCACACGGACGCAACUUACGAACACGUUCUCACACACCCAUACAUAUGCAUUUUUACACACGCCACAGGCGGACAGCCGAUCUCAUCGUACAGCCACACUUCACACGAGAGAAGAGAAUAAAAGUAAAAAAAAAAAAAAAUAAAAAAAAAGUAACACGGGCGAGAGAGGUCACGUGUUCCUCGAUCCGCCGCGAAAACCACUUAGACGAUAGUAUUAUAAAAGAAGAUGAAAAAAAAAAGAACAACGGCGUGCCCGUUCCACCCAGCCUCCCUCGCUACUAGAGUAUUAUCUUACCUUUAUAUAAGCGACAUAGCAAUUGAAAUAAUAAUAAUAUUAAUAAUAUAUAUAUAUUAUAUAUAUAAAUAUAAACAUAAAUAAAUAAAUAAAUAAAUAAAUAUAUAUAUAUAUUAUAUAUGGUGUCAGGAAAAAGUCUGACGACGAGUAAGAUGGAUAUGAUAUUUUAUCGAGGAGAUUUAGAUUUUGUAUUUUUCGCGCGUUUCGUCGACGGGACGACGGGUGGUCGGGGACGGCUGCGCGCUCACACAUACACACACAGAUACACACGCACGCGAACACGUACGUACACACACGAACACGAACAAAGGCAAACACACGCCCGGAGACAAAUGAAAUUAUUAUAAGAAUUAUAUAUUAAAAAGAGAAAAAAAAAACGAAGAGAAAAAACAGAAAAAAAAAACGGCGCUUAAAAAGGGAAACAAAACGUUUUUUGAAGACGGCGCAUCGCGGGAACGCGUGAACCGGCCUCCCAAACCCGGCUGAAAGAACGAGAACAAGGGAUAGAGAACAGAGCUGGGUCGGCCGUGUAUAUCCCGCACCCGCGAUCGGGCACGGCCGACUAUCUCCCGUGAAGUGUUGUAUAUUCUUCGAGCUCUAGUAAUAGUCGAGUGACGGAAAGAUGAAAAAAAAGAAAAAAGAAAGAAACAAAGCUCUUUCAAAGAAGGACUAAAACGAUGUAUCAUUCACGUAGGGAUCGACGACCCGUACAUUUAGCUUUUCUUUGAAGAGUCGUAAUUAUAUUCUAUUAUAUUGCAUUAUUAAUAUCUCGCAUAGAUAUAUUGUAUGUCGGACGCUAUAUACGUGUCACCCCUACCGCGCCCUCUCGACAAACGGACGUCGCGCGUCGGUGGAGGAAGGACGACCAUGGUGUUUGAUUUCUUUUUUUUUUUUAUUUUUAAAUUUCUUUUUGUCCCUUCGCGUUCGGUGUCCCCUUUCCUCUCGUCCUUCCUCGCGGACACGUCCUAUCCGGACGAGACUCGUGAAUUUCGAGACACCGGUGUCGUUCGUUUCAUACCAUGAUACUCGUCCCGCAACUCGAACGAGAGGGUGGCUUGGUACGUGUCUCUAUGUUCUUCUGUGUUCCGUUUACCGUUUUAUUUUUAUUUCUUUUUUUCUUGUUCUUUUCUUUAAAAAAAAAAAAAGAAAAAAAAAGAAAGGAAAGAAACAAAUCGCAAACUUCUCGUUACCGAAAGGGAGAGAAAGCUGGAUGCAAACGAUCCUCGUCGCCCUCGAGCGCAACGACCAACGCGAUUAGGGGCUCGUUUGGUUGUGUUUGGAUCCUAAAGGAAUGGAAAAAGCCGAGGAAGGAAACUACACUAGUAGCCGUUAAGCAGGAGCCGAAUGGACCGUCCACGUUCCACGGUCCCUGGAAGCUCAUUUUUUUUUUUUUUUUUAUAUUUAUGCUAACUUCGAUUUUCGAGUUCGGUUUCCUAUAUAUAUAUAUAUAUUUUUUUUUUUAUAUACAUAUAUAUGUACGUAUUUUACUCGCCCUCUAUUUUUCUUCGUAUUUCUUCUAACUAACUUCCUCCUCUUUGUUUCGUUUCUUUGAAUCGUCGAAACUUCUUGUCAAUCGUUGCCAUUUUUAAACGAAGAUAUGCUCAAGUCGCAGCUCCGAACAAGUCGAGGUGUAUUAUUAAUACAUAUUAUACAUGAAUAUAUAUAUAUAUAUAAUAUAUAUAUACAUAUAUAUAUAUUAUAAGCGUCGUCUAGCGUUGACGGUGAUGAUGGGUAAAGAAAGAUAUUUUUUCGAUCGUUCGAGCCGCAGCUCUGUAUAACAGGUGUCUCGGUAGUUUCUCAGCCAGGCUCACCCCCUUCGUUCGUAUAUAUUUUUUAACGAUAUUUUUAUUUUGUUCAUAUAUAUAUAUAUAUUUUUAUUUUUAAUUAUUUCGUUUUAGGUGUCUCUUCGUUCGCCGUGUGUUUCGUUUCGAACGUUUCCGAUCCCCCUCGCUCCACCCCAGGCCCCGUGACGAUCCCUCCCCCACGGCAACCCUCGUUCCCCCCUCGUGUCGUUCUCUUCGUUCGGAAAAGAGAAAAUGAAAAUGAAAAAGAAAAAAAAAGUGAAAACUCUUCCUUCUUGUCGUAAACGCGCUCUUACGGAGCAAAGACUAACCUAACCGAUCAACCAGGACUGGUAUUACACACACGACUCGUCGUUGAUACACGUACACGGACAGACGGACAGUCUCUCGCAACGCAUGCAUACGUUUAAUUUUCACUGAUAGCGCGCGUGCGCACGCGGGCUAGAAAAUGAAUGGAAAAACAUGAUAUAAACCACACGCUCACACCCAAACGUCACACAUAUGCAUGAGAAUCGCGCUACGAUUGCGCACGAGUGUAUAUUAAUAUAUAUAUAUAAUAUAUUAUUUGUUACUAUAUUGAAGCAUCACUCAUCUCGGACACACGUACACGCACACAGAACACAUACUUGCACACACACGUGCGAAUACGUAAUAUUUAUGCGAAGGUACGCAAAACAUACACACGCACACACGUACAUGCAUAUUAUACGCGGGCUCAAACAUUGAAAGCAGACACGCGCGAACGCAAUCCAACGUGUACGACGUACACAUACACGCAUACAUGUACACGCAAAUCGCGCACGUAUAAUUCACACGCACCCGGACAAACACCUUCAUACAUACACUUACACAAACAAAUAAAAAAAAAAAUCAUAUAUAUAUAUAUAUAAUCGACGCUCGAGAGAGAAAGAGAGAGAGGUUUAUUAUAUUUAAGUUCGAGGCAAAGUAAAUUCUAUAUUUUUUCUAUGUUAAGUAUAAAUUAGAGAGAGAGAAAAAAAAGAUGCGUAAAAGGUACGGUGAUGACAUAAACAUAUAUAUUAUAUUAUAUUAUAUUAUUAUAUUAUAUUAUAUAUAUUAUUAUAUUAUUAUUAUAUUAUAUUAUUAUAUUAUAUUAUAUUCUAUAUAUAUAUAUACAUAUAAACUAUAUUUAUAGGUAUUCUCUUUAGCAUCUACGUUCCGAUAUACGAUGAUGCCGCCGCGCGGAUUAUAAUUAAACAGAACAACAACAAUAACAGCAACAACAACAGAAAAAUGAAACAAAAAAAAGAGGAAGAUAGAGAGACAAGCAAAGAAAACCGAGAAAAACGCGAAUCGGCGCGUAUAAGUCUGAUCUGAUUCUCGCCAUUCGAGAUCAGGGGUGGGACGACCGAGACGGGGUUGGAGGGGAAAUCAAGAAAUUAGGAGGCGAAGAGGGGAGUUUUCGCUCUCGUUGCGUUUUUUUUUUUCUUCAAUUUUUUGACGGAAUUAAUCGGAAAGGAAACGUCACGCGCGACACACGGGUUGCAGGCUGGCGGUGAAACGAACUUAGGUUCGACUUAAAAGGGUCCUUAUAAUUCGGUUCGAGAUUCGUCCAAGACUUACCCACGGGUUUGCUCUAUCGUCUCUUUCAUCGAGACGAUCGGAGGGAGAGACGGUUGGCCAAACUCGUGGAUUAAUUUCUGAUAAUCCUCUACUAUGGGGCUACUUAACUCUUUGCGGUACAAGAGACAGAGUUGUUUCGUGACCUUUCGCGCCCGAAGACGAUCGAAAGAAACGAAAGUGACGAGACACGCGACUGCGUGCUCUUGCUAAGUGGUCGCUGACAACUACGCUCGAAUGGACAUCUUCUAGGUGGCGAAGAGAGCCAGCCACCGCGCUGCAAAGAGUUAAUCAUCGCACGCGGGACACAGACAGAAAGUAAAACGCUGAGGGGUGUCUUCACGCUCGCGUCCACGCGCGAAAGUGUCUUUCCGCGGGGUCGUGAACGUAGAAAACGAAAACGGGACGAGGUUUCCCCUGGCGAGAUGGGGAACAGGUGUGGAGAAAUCGAAAUGGAAGGAAAGGAGUUGGGUUGAGAUUGCCAGAACUCGGAGCGCGUCUCGGGAAUCGAACAAAACGCCUAGGGGUGUGUGUGUGUGUGUGAAUGAAGAACGGAGAAAGUGCAACCGCGAACUUUGGAAGCGUUUAGAAUCUGGCAAGUGAAAGAAUGGUCUUGGCAGAGGAAAACAGACCCCGGCCACCGGAUGUUAAGCUACUCUCAUCGAAUGCUAUCGUAGUCUGACGUUUGGUGUGCUUUCUCUGAAAUCUCUGAAAUUUCUUCAGGAACGCACGAGACCGGGUAACAUUCAGGGUCGAAGUUCCACUUGUCAAACGCUGCAUACCGAAUCUCAAACGUAAAUUUCUCAAGUAAACUGGAGACAGGAGCAUCAAAGCUACCUGGCCAGGUGGAAAAGUUCUCCCGAGUCGAUUCUUUGACUUGCCAAAUCCUCAGCUUCUCGACUAAUAUCCAUUAGCCGCGGCUACCUUCGAAGCUGCCUUCGAGAGGGGCGUUCGAAGCUCGAUGAAUUCGAAACUCGCGUCACUGGAGCGUCUGCCGGACGCUUUGGAUUAUCCUUACUUAAGACUACUCGCGGUAUCGACGAACAGCUCGCGGAUAAGCUCGCGAACAGCCUUCUCGAUCGCGCGCGCAGAUCGUUCAACGUUACGCGAUCUUCCCUUCCACCGGAUACGCAAUUCCGGAAGACGAUACUCCUGGCGGUCCCUGACAGAGACAGGCAAACUUCUUAUCUAGAUAAAAAUGUCAAGUAACGAACAAAAUACGGAAGAAUUGUAUCGGAUUCAGGAACAAAGAAACGUCUUAUUUUGGACUUCGGAACAAAUCAGGCAAGAGAAUUGGAUAAUUACAUUUAUCUUACCUGAUCACUCUGAAGACCAACGAGGAGCUUGACCCUGGUGGUAUAUUCUGAGCAAAGUAGAAACAAGGAAGACCAUAUUCUUCUCUGUUCGCGCAGGGUAUUGAAGAAUAAAGUACGCGUUUUUGUGGUCUCGAGGGAUCGUCAAAGAUCGCGUUUACCUUAUUGUUCAAACUGAUACCAAAUUUCGAGAUGAUUCUAUUCGUUACUUGUUCGAUGAAAAUGGCAAUCUGAACUCCGAAAUGAGAUUAUAUUUAUAGAAACUUACUCGAAUAGCUCGGUAGAUCGUUGCGAAUAAGUUGCUGCAAGGUGCACCUAUUCGCGAGUCUUUUGCGUUAAAGUUUGCUCGUCUCUGGCUACCUGUUUCGGCGGCGAGGAGGCAGGCGUGGGAACGCGGCAAGCUUUGUCGAGAACCUCCGCUAGACUUUGGGACGACUCUGCUAGAUAACCACUUAACCGAUUUACGCAGCCUUCACUUUGGCCGAGGUUCCGACAAUCUAAUCGCGACAGAGUCAUCCUCGUCGCUGGGUCUCCUUUAUCCUCGUCAACGUCGUCGCUAUCCUCGUUGUUUCCUCGGUUCCCAUCGUUCUGGUCGCGACGAACACGGAGCACGGGUCCAGUCACGUAAACCACCUAUCGAAAGUACCGGGAACAGUCGCGACAACCGUGAACCCUGUUCUUCCGUUGCACAGGAUCACGCGCUAGGUCGUCAUAUCGCGUAAUCAUCAUUCGCAUCGUCGUUCUUCGAGCGUGCUCGUCGUUGGCUCGCUAUCGACGCGACGCGAGUAGCAUUUCGAGGUUGAACCGGAAGGAAGACGAGAUUUGCAGUGCCAUACGUAAAUCAAAAUGUCUAUACUCGUUUAUCGACGAACAUCGAUUUCUAGUUUACGUUGCCCGUUUAUGUAGUUUGUAUCAUCAGUUGUUCGCGUUUCGAAUACCUCGUUCCAGCGUUGGGCAGAACGUGACGCAUUCUGGGAAGUGACAAGGAUCCGAAGUUGUCCUGAUCCAUGGGAGAAGGUUGAAAGCCACGGUGGUGUACGUUUUCCUCGCUUUAAUCCUUUGCGAUCCUAUGUCGAGCGAGACUCGACAAAAUUGUACUGGAAUCAGAAAAUUCGGAGUGCAAAGGGUUAAGGAAUGUUUCCAAUGAAUUUUCAUGUAUGGGUCGCGUAAAUGUGCACUGAUAAAUAUUUUAAGCAAUUUGACCUGCGCCACUGUGGUUUGUGACUUUUCGCGCAUGGGACAAGGACUUUCUAGUAAAUUUAGGAACACGGUAACGAUUAACAAAAUUAUUAGACGCUAGCUCUGGAAGAUUAGAAAUUAAAAACAUAAGACUCGUUAAAGCGAUCGAAAGUACUGCCCAA